GCAAGUAUGUGAAUGAUGUCACCAAAUAUUAGUUCAUUAGUUGCAUCAAAGGAGCAAGAGCUAGAAAGCGAUUUCUUCAGGCUUCUCCGCAUCAUUUAUGAAAAACAUACCUUUUCAAAAAUGGAUAUUGGGGUCGCAGAUUGGAAAAUAACGGAAAACUGCUUAGAUGAAAUAAACUAUCGAUACGCAGAUUUGUAUUCUCUGGUAGCCUUCGCUGCCAGUUACCCAUUCCGAAAUAAAUGUUCCAGAUCUUUUUUCGCUCGUAACCGUCUGCCAGUUUAUUUCGGGCUAGUUGGAUACGACAUUGGCUUACGCUCGACAUCCCCCCACCCUGCAAUCAACUAUUGGAAUUCAAUAUGUGUGUUAAAUAGCGACAUGGGGUGUGUCGCCCGCAUGAUUCGUUACCCUGAUGCCUUCUACGAGGUCAUCUGGGAUGGAGACCGCAAGAUUUCCAACCCAAAUUAUAUGAUAUGGGUUUCCGAAAGGUUAAGGCCUGUGAUAUGUCCUCUUCUUUUACAAGAAGUCUUUACUAGAGUGUUCGAGUCCUCUUCAUGGCGAGAAGAUAGGGAUGAUGGAAUAAUAGUUACAUCUUUAGUUAUAAACAAUCGUUUUUUUAGAUGGAACCCUCUCAAAAUUAUUACUCAAACGAAGUCAGGAAGGAUUUUCUAUGAAACUCAUCUUGCCAUGAGGCCUUCAUUUGGUGUAUCAAGAAACAUGCGCCGAUCCUACCAUUGUCAGGGAAUUAUCAUGGAACGAUCAACAUUAGCAGGGCGCUUGUGGUAUGGUGCUCAUUUUCUCAUAAUGCACAUGUUCGGUUGGGAAAGGCCAUAAAAACAGAGCGAUGUUUGAAGACUCUUACUUGCUCAAUUAAAGCCAAGUUUCAGUAAAUACAUAUAUCCGAACAAUAACUAUGAGCACUGAAAGAAGGGGCUUCCUUGUAGAUGUGGACAUGUGCAUAAA